UUAAAUUUGACUAGCAUUUGCUAAACUAAAAACACAAAGGGAAAAUGUAAUAACUGGAAUAACGAACAAUUGAAAAACAUGUCUCCUUCUCCUCACCUAUGCUGCUGCUAUCUUCAAACGCUGCCGCCAAUAUUUCACAAGGCAUCACUCAACUACCGCCACAAACCGCCGCAAAAUCCUAACGCCGCCGAACGCAAGCAAAAAUUGUACGUAGCUUGUGGGAGUCGAGGCAGCAAACCUUCAACGCCAAAAAAAGACGAUUACCAUGCCACUCUCAAAGCUCUUAACUCCAAAGGAAGAUCCCCUAGAAAAUCUCUCGGCCAGAAUUAUAUGUUGAACGCUGACGUAAAUGAUCAACUUGUUGGUGUGGCUGGUGUUGAGGAAGGUGAUUUGGUGCUGGAAAUUGGGCCGGGAACCGGUUCCUUGACCAAUACUCUUAUAAAUUCUGGCGCAUUUGUUCUGGCUGUUGAAAAGGAUAAACACAUGGCUGCCCUCGUGAGUGAAAGAUUUUCAAGUACAGGAAAGUUUAAGGUUUUGACUGAGGAUAUCGUCAAAUGUCAUGUGCGUUCUCAUAUAUCAACAUUGGUUGGAAGCACAGAGGAAAUAAAUUCAGAUACUAGAAAAGCAAAAGUGGUUGCCAACAUUCCGUUCUAUAUCAGUACAGAUGUGAUCAAACUACUCCUUCCAAUGGGUGACAUUUUCUCAGAAGUGGUUCUGUUACUUCAGGAGGAAACUGCCCUGCGCUUGGUAGAACCAUCUCUCCGGACCCCUGAGUAUCGUCCCAUCAAUAUAUUUGUCAACUUCUACUCAGAUCCCGAGUACAAAUUUACAGUCGCAAGAACAAAUUUUUUCCCUCAACCUAAUGUUGACGCUGCCGUUGUCUCAUUCAAACUGAAGCCACCAUCUGAAUAUCCCCAAGUUUCGUCGAGUAAAAGCUUCUUCGCAAUGGUUCAUUCAGCAUUCAAUGAGAAGCGUAAGAUGAUACGCAAGUCACUUCAGCACAUAUGCACAUCCCUUGAGAUCGAAGAAGCUUUAGAAAGCAUUGGUCUUCUAAGUACUUCAAGGCCUGAAGAACUAACAUUGGAUGAUUUUGUAAAACUGCAUAACUUAAUUACCAAAGAGUAGCUGUUUACAAGCUGUGGGAUUGAAGACCAAACUCUAGCAGAAGUCGGUCCCAAAGAUUCCUACAUUCACAAGGCUCUUUGUUGCAGCAGAUACAUGAUUGAAACAGAGAACCAAAGUAUUGAGAGUAUAUUAGAAUCUCAACAGUUUUCUUCAACUAAUGUUUCAAGAAUAGGGGCAUAAUGUUCAUAUAUGAUAGAAAGAUAUUAGGUUCAACACUCCGCAUUUGUUUGCGCUAUGCCAUGUAUAAUCCUGUAAGUUUCACUGCCAUCAAAGGCACUCAUAGACAAGGUUCUAAAAUAAAAUCCGUAAUAUAUUGUAGUCUCAUCAGUCGUAGUAUUUGACCACAAUUUUCUACAAUAGCAAGGAUUACAAUGCGACUGUGAUUCAAAAA